UGCUGCAGCCGCCGCGCUGGCUCCAGUCAAUAGCAGCUGCCGCUGCCGCCGUGCGUAGCUGUGGGUGCGGGCGGGCCGGAGCGGACGCUCGCUCGCUUCCCGCGGGGCUGAGCCUUGGAGGAUCCCCGCAGCCCUAGAGCCACCAUGCUGCCGCCGGCGCUGACCCUGCUGCUGCUUCUCGGCUGCCUGGCGGCGGGCAGCGGGACCCUCUCGCAGGACGGCACACCAGCUGGAGAGACAAUCCCUGCUGGCCUGGCAAGCAAAGCAACAGAGGAGCUUGCAGAAAUUUAUCAGGGAGGAAGCACAAGUGCAGCAGCAGUUGCUUCAGAUACUGAGAGCCAGCCCACAACAUCUGAUGAGACGGUGGUGGCAGGUGGCACCGUGGUGCUGAAGUGCCAGGUGGAGGAUCCCGACGACUCCUCACUGCAGUGGUCCAACCCAGCCCAGCAGACGCUGUACUUUGGGGAGAAACGAGCGCUCCGGGAUAACAGGAUCCAGCUGGUGAAGUCUACACCCAACGAGCUGGCCAUCAGCAUCAGCAACGUGGUGCUGGCGGACGAGGGCGAGUACACCUGCUCCAUCUUCACCAUGCCUGUGCGGACGACCAAGGCCCUCGUCACCGUGCUGGGAAUCCCCCAGAACCCUCAAAUCUUUGGCUACGAGCUGCCCAUCCGAGAGACAGAGAUGGCCCAGCUGAUUUGUAGAUCCUCUGGCAGCAAGCCAGCUGCCCAGCUCCGCUGGAAGAAAGGCAACAAGGAGCUGCAGGGUGGGCCUUCCGAGGUGACGGAAGAUUCCAAUGGGAAAACCUUCACCGUCACCAGCCGCGUUGAGUUCACCGUCACCAAAGAAGACAACGACGUGGAGGUGACCUGCACAGUGGAUCAUGAGUCCCUGCAGAACUCAGAGAGAUCCACCAGCCAGAAACUGCAGGUCCACUUUAAGCCAACGGCAACGAUCGAGCCAGAUCCCCCCUACCCCCGGGAGGGCGAGGAGCUGCGGCUGCAGUGUGAAGCCCAGGGCAAUCCGAUCCCCCAGGAGUUCCUGUGGACGAAGGAGGGUAGCGAUGUCCCCCUGCAUCUAAACACCAACCGAGUCCUCACCCUCCCCUUCCUCAACAAGAGCGACAGCGGCACCUACAUCUGCAUGGCCACUAGCACCAUGGGCAGCGUCGUAGUGAGGUACAACCUGGACAUCAAUGAUUUUUCCCAGCUCCCCACCCCACAUGUUCACUCCACUCCAGCCCCUUCGUCAGGCCCUUCCCAGUCCACCACUCAUGUUACCAUGGCUACUGCUUCAUUCUUCUCUCCAGUCACUGUCCAAGAUGCCAGCCCGAUGUCUUCCUCCUCUGGCACAUACCAUGCUUUAGUCGGUGGAGUGGUCGCAGUCAUCGUCUUUCUGCUGCUUAUCCUCCUCAUCGUCCUGGCACACUACCUAAUCAGGCACAAAGGUACCUACCUGACUCACGAGGCCAAGGGAUCAGACGAUGCCCCGGAUGCUGACACUGCCAUCAUCAAUGCGGAGGGAGGCCAGGCCAGCGGCGAUGACAAAAAGGAAUAUUUCAUCUAGGGGUGCAGAGUGGAGAGAAGAGAAAUGGAGCCAACAAACCCAGAUGGAAAUGGAAACCGGACCACAAACCCCACUCAACCCAACAGAUUUUCUCUCGUGCCCUGGAUGGAUGGACGAACAGAGGGAUGGCGGGACAGAGACCAGAGAGUGACCGGCUUGACUCAUGAUGCUUCUUCUCGAACUUGUAUAAAACGUUAUUACUAAAAACAUUGAAAGCCCCACCCCCGUUCGCUUGCUUGUACCUUCAUACCCACGACCGACACUCGCACUAAACACACAGACGAGCCA